AUGGCAUCAACGGGCAGGAAACAAACCAAAAAGACCAAACCAACAGAAGAUGCCACAGAUUUACAGGCUUUUGACUUCAAUAUAGAGGAGGAAAAGAAAGGUCUUAGCGGUUCUGAUGAUGAAGCUAGAGAAGGUGUUGUCUAAACUCCAAUUGUUGACAAGCUGGGCAAGAAGAGAUCUGCAAGUUCAUUUCAGGAAAAUGACCUGGGUGUAGGUGUAGGUGAAGUUCAGACAAUGUUGGAAAAGUUUGGAGCUGACAUCAGCAAGGCAAUGCAGGCAAAGAGGAAACGCCUUGAGGCUUUCACUAAAAGUUCCUUGAAAGGCAGCAACCAGAAAAUAGAACAGCUGUGGAAAACCCAACAUAAUCAGAGACAGAAGCUGACACAGGAGUACUCUCAGCAUAUGUUCUCAGUGCUGCAGCAGUGGGAGACUGAUGUUCAGAAGUCCGAGGAACAAGAGGAGAAACUGAACAACUUGUUUCGACAACAGCAGAAGCUCUUCCAGCAAGCCCGAGUGGUGCAGAGCCAAAAACUGAAAACCAUAAAAGAGCUGUAUGAGCAGUUCGUCAAGAACAUGGAGGAGAUGGAGAAGAGCCACGAGGCUUUCCUUCAGGGAGCACAGAUGGAGCUGAAAAAGGAGAUGGCCCUGCUGCAGAAAAAGAUAAUGAUGGACACACAACAACAGGAGAUGGCCACAGUGCGGAAGUCCCUCCAGUCCAUGCUCUUUUGA